AUGUCAGCAGCAGCAGCGGUGACGGGCAGCGGGGGGGAUUGGAUUGUCUGUAUCAGUGUGUCAGCGUCCGGGGGCCGAGCGAUGGAGGCCCUGAAGCUGAUUAGAGCCCGGCACCGGAUGCCGCCUCCUAAACAGCUUGUGACAGGCCGCGGUCCAGGCAGCAUCUGUCUGGAUCCACUGAAGGAUCCAAUGACUACUGGCUGUGGACACAGCUACUGUAAGAGCUGUAUUAACACCCACUGGGACAAAGAGGAGGAGAGAGGAAGCUACAGCUGUCCUCAGUGUAGACAGACCUUCACACCGAGGCCUGUCCUGGAGACAAACGCCAUGUUAGCUGAUUCACUGGAGGAGCUGAAGAAGACUGGACUCCAAGCGGCUCCUGCUGAUCACUGCUCUGCUGGACCUGAAGAUGUGGCCUCUGAUGUCUGCACUGGGAGAAAACGGAAAUCUCACCUCCUGCCUCAUCUUCAGUCAGCUGCAUUUAAGAAGCACAAGCUGGUGAAGCCCUUGGAGAAGCUCCAGGAGAACAUCUGCUCUCGUCACGACGAGGUGAUGAAGAUGUUCUGCCGCACUGAUCAGCAGUGUAUCUGUUAUCUCUGCUCUGUGGAUGAACAUAAAGACCACGACACAGUUACAGCUGCAGCAGAAAGGACUGAGAGGCAGAGAGAGCUCGGGCUGAGGAGACAAACAAUCCAGCAGAGAGUCCAGGACACAGAGAAAGACAUGAAGCUGCUUCAACCAGAGGAGGAGGCCGUCAAUGGGUCUGCUGAUAAAGCAGUGGAGGACAGUGAGGAGAUCUUCACUGAGCUGAUCCGUCUGCUGGAGAAAAGAAGCUCUGAUGUGGAGCAGCAGAUCAGAUCCCAGCAGGAAACUGAAGUGAGUCGAGUCAGAGAGCUUCAGGAGAGACUGGAGCAGGAGAUCACUAAGCUGAAGAGGAAAGACCAUGAACUGAAGGAGCUCUCAGACACAGAGGAUCACAACCAGCUUCUACACAACUACCCCUCACUGUCACCACUCAGUGGAUCUACACACUCAUCCAACAUCAGUGAGACCAGAGCUGACUUCUUAAGAUAUUCACAGGAAAUCACACUGGAUCCAAACACAGCACACAGACAGCUGUUAUUAUCUGAGGGAAACAGAAAAGUAACAGGAAUGAGUGAAGAUCAGUCUUAUUCUGAUCACCCAGACAGAUUCACUGUUUAUUGUCAGGUCCUGAGUAGAGAGAGUCUGACUGGACGUUGUUACUGGGAGGUGGAGGUGGGGGGGAGAGGAGGAGUUGGUGUAGCAGUCACAUACAAGAAUAUCAGCAGAGCAGGAGGCUCAGAUGAAUGUUUAUUUGGAUACAAUGAUAAAUCUUGCUCAUUAUAUUGUAACGGAAAGAUUUAUGACUUUUAUUACAACAGCAUCAUGACUCCAGUGUCAGGUCCUGUGUCCUCCAGAGUAGGAGUGUACCUGGAUCACAGUGCAGGUGUUCUGUCCUUCUACAGCGUCUCUGACACCAUGACUCUCCUCCACAGAGUCCAGACCACAUUCACUCAGCCUCUCUAUGCUGGAGUUGGGGUUUAUUGGUAUGGAUACACAGCUGAGUUCUGUAAACUCAAUUCGUCGUGA